CGGAGAGCAGAGUACAUUUCACGUUCACAUCUCAAUUCCACAGUUAAAGUCAUGAGAAGGCUAAAACAUUUGGUCUGCUUGCAUCUUGUGGCUCUGGUGACGUCACACGAUAUUAACGUCAAGUGUCAUGAAAAUGAUGAUUUCCCUCCCUCAAGUGAGAACAGUCCGUCUCUGCUGGCAGACUUGAAGGUUGAGCCGGUAAAAGUGUCAGGAAUAGACAUGAUAAACAUAAGUUGGGCAAUUAACAUUGAUGCUAGCGUAAAAUACCUGAUUGGCACGCGCAUUAGCGGAACGGAAGUCCACCUGUGUGAAUACUUUCCACCUUUUGCCGAGUCUAACCUCACUGGGAUACAUCAGAAAUGGUUUCAUUACUUAGUGAGUGAAAGCUAUGGCUCUUUGAUCCUAGUGGCCAACCUUCCAUUGCCACCGCUGGGAAGUGGCCUUUCUUAUAAGUUUGCAAAAAUCAUCACUACUCAAGCUACACCGAGUCUCGCACCAAAUCCAACAAGUUUUCCUACAGCGGAUGUUACUGAUAUCGCCACAGAUCCUAAAAACAACUUCACUAGCAUUUUGGUGAAUGUUUAUCUGGGAUUGGCUGUUUUGAUGAUCCUAACUUCUGGAUACAUUAUCUAUAAAAGGUGUGGGACUGACUUGGCCAUAUCAGUGGGGUUUAAAAGUUUACCAACUUCAGUGGAAGUUCCCAUCCAUGUGCUCUUGGUGUAUCCCCCUGAGAAUGGAGCCUUCCAGAAGGCUGUGAUGGCCCUGGCAGAAUUCCUGCAGAACCAUGCAGGCUGCAGCGUUGUGAUCGAUGCAUGGCAGCAGAGCAGAAUUGCACGUGAUGGUCCCAUGCGUUGGCUGGCUGACCAAGUCAAAGCUGCACAGCGUGUCCUCAUCGUGUGCCCGUCGUCAAGCCACCCUACCUCCACUCCCAUAUCCACCACCAUGGGGGGAAUCGCCAUACCGGCUGCAGCGCACGACCUUUACCCUCUGAUCCUCAACAUGGUCGCAAGUCGCGCUAAGAGUGCUGAUGAGCUCGCUAAGUUCUGGGUGCUGCAGCUAGGUGAUCACCAAGAGAAGAGGCCAUGUAACCUGGCUCCAGAACUGAGAGCAUGCAAGCUUUUUUGUUUACUGAAAGAUCUGGACAAACUGUGCCGCAGUCUGCACACUCAAAGACAAGAUGGCAAAAAGAGAUUGACUCUAUUCUUGAGACCUGGGCUAAUUGAUAAUAGGUAUGACAGUAUGGUGAAGUUAAAAGACUCUGUUGAAAAAAUAAGGGGAUGUUUAUUGAUUUCGAAAGAGGCACUGCCGGACAAUUCUGUGAUCAUCACUGUUUGAAUAUUUAGCUUGGACUAAUAUUAAUAAUCCACAUAGUUGAACCUAUGGAAUUAUAAAAAAA